AUGGUCGCCAUCUCCUACGUUGCGGUCCUGCUCAUGGCCGCCCUGCCCUCAUUGGCGGCGACCAACAAGACCGUAGAGGUACCGGCAUCGAACAUGGGCUACAUCAUUACCUUCAAGGACCACGUAACCUCGGCCGGCGUAGACAAUCACCACGCCUGGGUAGACCAGCUGCAUCGACGCAGCAUCGGAAAACGUAACCUCAACCUCCCCGGCACCGAACGCAAGUUUGAUAUUGGCAACUUCAAGGCCUACGCCGGAAAGUUCGACAAGGCUACGGUCGAGGAGAUUGUCCAGCACGAGGAUGUCUGGGAGCUGUACGACAGCGUUACGCAGCACAGCCCGCCCUACGGCCUAGGCAUCCUCUCGAACCGGCUGCCGGGCAACAACGACUACGUUUACGACGACAGCGCCGGCCGGGGCGCUACCGUCUACGUACUGGACACGGGCAUCAACGCCGGCCACGUCGAGUUUGGCGGUCGCGUCGUCAAGGGCCGAAACGUCUUUGGCGGUGCCUUUAUCGACACCCACGGCCACGGAACGCACGUCGCGGGCAUCGUCGGGAGCAGGACGUACGGCGUUUGCAAGGAAUGCACCAUAGUCGACGUCAAGAUCUUUUCCGGCGGCUCCGGCACCACCAUUAGCGUGCUCAGCGGCUACCAGUGGGCCGUCGACGACAUCAAGGCAAAGGGGAACUCGGCAAAGAGCGUCAUCAACAUGUCCAUCGGCUGCGGCGGCUCCAACGCCAUCGACGAGGCCAUCAAGAACUCGCACGACCAAAACAUCCUCACCGUCGUCGCCGCCGGGAACAAAUACGACAAUGCCGGCCGCUACUCUCCGGCCCGGUCACCCUACGCCUUGACCGUCGGUGCCGUCAACUCGGAUUGGAAACCGUGGGCGUGGGCCACCGGUAUAGGCUCCAACUACGGGCCGAGCGUCGACAUCUACGCUCCCGGCGAGGGCAUUUUAUCUCUCGGCAUCUGGUCGAGCACGCACCUCGUCUACAAGACCGGCACUUCCAUGGCCACGCCUCACGUUGCCGGCCUCGUCGCCUGUUUACAGAUCUCUGAGAAGGUCAGAUCGCCGGACGAGAUGAUGGCUCGAAUCAGGGCGCUUGCUACAAGGGGCCGCAUCGGCGGCAUUCGUGGGGAUACUGUUAACCUACUGGCCAACAACGGCCUUGGCAACCAGCAGAAUCAGCCGAACCAGGCAGCGAAAACUGUGCCGAUGGUGAGGCCGGACAUGAAGCAGGAACCGAAGCCGGAACCGAAGCCGGAACCGAAGCCGGAACCGAGGCCGGAACCGAGGCCGGAACCGAGGCCGGAACCGAAGCCGGAACCGAGGCCGGAGCCGAGGCCGGAGCCGAGGCCGGAACCGAGGCCGGAACCGAGCCCGAACAGGCCGGACGUGAAGCAGAACGGCCAGGAAAGACAGCGCCAAAACCUGUUCCUGACCAGCCCUUAUUGGCAGGGUGCUCACCCGAAGCAAGACACUGCCAAUAAUCGGGCCGCAAGCCAACGACAAGGCACGGGUCCUCUCUGGCAAGGCAACACCGGGCAUGGCAUCAGACGCAUCAGGGAAAGUCCCGGCCAAGGCACCAGGCAAGGCACCAGGCAAGGCACCAGGCAAGGCACCAGGCAAGGCACCAGGCAAGGCACCAGGCAAGGCACCAGGCAACGCCAAGGCACCUCUUGGGGCGGCCGGAGAAGAACGUACUGGUAUCGGGAGGGCAACCGCUGGAAGCAAGGUACCAGGUAUCAAGAUUAA